UCAUAAACCUCCCCAAAAACACAACCGUUUGAGAACUCGGCCCGCGGUUCUUAUCUCAGACUCCCGCUUUCACUUGUCGCUUGUGCUGUUCCCAAUGGCGACGCUUCCCAUUCCAGUUAAAUUUUCGCUACAUCCCAGCACUUCCUUUCUCCAAUUUCAAUUCCAAUCCAAGUCUCAAACUAUCACUUUUCCCAGAAAAAUAAACGUAGUUUGUUCAGCCUCAGAGCAAUCCCAGAAACGGCAGAAGCAACAAAAUCCGACGAAGAAGAAGGAAAGCAUCGACGAUGGCGAGAAGGGAAUUGACCCAGUUGGGUUUCUCACCAAACGCGGCAUUACCCAUAAAGCAUUUGGCCAGUUCCUUCGUGAAAGAUAUAAAUCACUGAAGGACCUGAAAGAUGAAAUUUUGAACCGCCACAUGAACCUCAAGGAGAUGUCCUCUGGCUUUGAGAUACUGGGUAUGCAUCGUCAUCCAGAACAUCGGGUGGAUUAUAUGGAAUGGGCUCCAGGUGCUCGCUAUUGUGCACUUAUUGGUGACUUCAAUGGGUUGUCACCUACUGAAAAUUGUGCAAGAGAAGGUCACUUUGGGCGAGAUGAUUAUGGAUACUGGUUUAUCAUUCUUGAAGAUAAGUUAAGGGAGGGUGAAGAGCCAGACAAACUCUAUUUUCAACAGUAUAAUUAUGUGGAUGAUUAUGACAAAGGCGACAGUGGUGUCACUAUUGAAGAAAUCUUCAAGAAAGCAAAUGAUGAAUACUGGGAGCCAGGGGAAGAUCGUUACUUAAAAAACCGUUUAGAAGUGCCAGCUAAGUUAUAUGAGCAAAUAUUUGGUCCUAAUGGACCUCAGACUGAGGAGGAGCUGGAAGACAUACCAGAUGCAGAGACUAGAUACAAGGCAUGGACAGCCCACAAUGAACCUACCCCUUAUGAUGUGAUUGAUAGUGGCAAAGAGUAUGACAUUUUUAAUGUGAUAGUGGAUCCUGAAUGGCCAGAAAAAAUUCUAGCAAAGAAGCCUCCUAUACCAUACUGGUUUGAGACCCGUAAAGGCAGGAAAGCAUGGCUGAAAAAAUAUAUUCCUGGCAUUCCCCAUGGAAGCAAGUAUCGAGUUUUCUUUAACACUCCUAAUGGGCCAUUAGAGCGAGUACCUGCUUGGGCUACAUAUGUGGAACCAGAUGCUGAGGGAAGGCAAGCUUUUGCAAUCCAUUGGGAACCAACCCCAGAACAUGCAUACAAGUGGAAAAACACAUGUCCCAGUGUCCCAACUUCCUUGCGGAUAUAUGAGUGUCAUGUUGGAAUUAGUGGAUCUGAGCCAAAGAUAUCGUCUUUCAAUGAAUUCACAAAGCAGGUUCUUCCUCACAUAAAGGAAGCUGGAUACAAUGCAAUUCAGUUAUUUGGAGUUAUUGAGCACAAGGAUUAUUUCACUGUGGGCUAUAGAGUUACCAAUUUUUUUGCUGUUAGUAGUCGCUAUGGCACUCCUGAAGAUUUCAAGCAAUUAGUUGAUGAAGCCCAUGGGCUGGGACUGCUUGUCUUCUUAGAAAUUGUCCAUUCCUAUGCAGCUGCUGAUGAAAUGGUUGGAUUGUCACUUUUUGAUGGGUCGAAUGACUGCUAUUUUCAUACUGGUAAACGAGGACAACACAAAUAUUGGGGCACCAGAAUGUUUAAUUAUGGGGACCCUGAUGUUCUGCAUUUCCUUCUCUCAAACUUGAAUUGGUGGAUUGUUGAGUAUAAGAUUGAUGGUUUCCAGUUCCAUUCCCUGUCUUCUAUGAUAUAUACUCACAACGGUUUUGCUUCUUUCACUGGAGAUCUGGAGGAGUACUGCAAUCAAUAUGUUGACAAGGAUGCACUAUUAUAUCUCAUAUUGGCCAAUGAAAUACUGCACGCACUUUAUCCUAAUAUAAUUACUAUAGCAGAAGAUGCGACAUUUUAUCCAGGAUUAUGUGAGGCAACUUCUCAAGGUGGAUUAGGAUUUGAUUAUUAUGUUAACCUUUCAGUAUCUGAGAUGUGGUCGUCUUUACUUGAGAAUGUUCCUGAUCAUGAGUGGAGCAUGAGUAAGAUUGUUGACACAUUAAUGUCCAAUAGAGAAUAUGCUGAUAAGAGGCUUGUGUAUGCAGAAAAUCACAAUCAGUCCAUAUCAGGUGGGCGGUCAUUUGCAGAGAUAUUGUUUGGUGAAUUGAAUGAGCAUUCACCUAACUAUAAAGACUCCCUGACGAGAGGAUCUUCAUUAUAUAAAAUGAUUAGAUUAUCAACAUUUGCAAUUGGAGGCCGUGCCUUUCUGAAUUUCAUGGGCAAUGAAUUUGGCCAUCCAAAGAGGGUUGAGUUUCCGACACCAAGCAACGAGUUCUCAUAUUCACUGGCCAAUCGUCAGUGGGAUCUGUUGGCAAAAGAUGGAGUUAAUCGUGAUUUAAUUUCCUUUGAUAAGGACAUGAUGGUUCUAGAUGAAAAUGAGAGAGUACUUUCUCGAGGGUUUUCAAACAUUCACCACGUGAAUGAAAAUUCAAUGGUCAUAUCUUACAUUAGAGGCCCCCUUCUCUUUAUUUUCAAUUUCCAUCCGACAAAUUCAUAUGGUAGCUACUCUGUAGGUGCAGAUGAAGCAGGAGAGUAUCAAAUCAUUCUGAACACAGAUGAAGUAAAGUAUGGAGGUCAGGGGUGCAUCAAAGAAGACCAGUAUAUUCAUAAAACUAUCAGCAGAAGAGUUGAUGGCCUUCGAAACUGCUUAGAGGUACCAUUGCCCAGCAGAACUGCACAGGUUUACAAAUUAAAGCGGAUUUUGAGGAUAUAAGACAGACUGCUUUGCUGCAUCUCCGAGUUAGAGUAUGAGCACUGUGCAGAAAUAACAGUAUUGUGAUGGCAAGCCAUGUUAGGAGUGGAGCCCUUGAAGUGCAGAACAGGACAACCUAAAUGGUAGAGUAAACGAAUUUUCUCAAGCCUAUGCAGGUGAUGAUUUCAUUUUCCAAUUCGAACGCUAGGUUUGUAAAUCUGUGUGAAUUUGUGUUUUCUGUUAUUAAGAGUUAUCUCCAAAUUUAUAACUCCUCCGUGGUGAUCGUUGGUGGUUUAUGAGAGGCUUUGUGUAAAUAGUGACUUGAGAGAAGUGAUUGUUGGAACAGAAGUAUUUUUUUGGGCUAAAAACAAGUCAGUUUUAUUAAUCUCAA